AGCUACUGCACACCAGACGCUCAUCAAAAGUCCUAUAAUUCCCGAAGCGCAUGAACGCAGCAUGUCCAAGAAAUGAAACCGAUACAGUAACAGAACCCCCCGAGUCCCCUCCCUCACAGGACGGAGAAGUUACCAGAGACAGCCGAGAACUUCUUCUUCUUCUUCACAGGCAGAGGAGAGAGGACGCACCCGGAGAAAAGACCACGCGCAGAGUAAUGUCAUUAUUAAGGACAGGUACAGGUAGCUUCAGGAGCCGGUAGUGGUGAAGACGUUUCGAUCACUUGUGUUGUGAAGAGAGAGGGGGGGGGGACGUCCCUGUUGUGUUUAAAUCCAUCGGAACCAGAAGCCGUUUUGUUAUAAAAAAGAAGAGAUGCCGCAGAAGCAGAAGGCUCGCUCCUGGUCGGAGUUGAAACAAGCUGGAAACGAAUGCUUUAAGACGGGGCAGUAUGGAGAGGCGACCAACCUCUACAGCCAGGCCAUCAAAGAGCUGGACAAGUCCAGUACAAAGAACCCCGAGGACUUGGGCAUCUUGUACUCGAACCGUGCGGCGAGUUACCUGAAAGACGGAAACUGUGGGGAGUGUGUGAAAGACUGCAACAUGUCUCUGGAGUUCUCGCCGUUCAACGUGAAGUCUCUUCUUCGUCGUGCUGCGGCCUACGAGGCUGUGGAGCGCUACCGGCACGCCUACGUCGACUACAAGACUGCUCUGCAGAUCGACUGCAACAUCGCGGCCGCUCACGACGGCACAAACAGGAUGACGAAGGCGCUCACGGAAGCAGACGGUCUCUCGUGGAGAGAAAAGCUUCCUCCAAUCCCCGUCGUCCCGCUGUCAGUGAGAGAGAAACUCAGCCAGAAGACGACCGCCAACGCAGCACAACCGACGCCACAGACGGAAACCACACAAGCGAAGAAACCUGCGCCCGCUGAGAAGGACUUAAAGAGAGGCCAGGUCCUGAAGGAGGAAGGGAACGCCCUGGUGAAGAAGGGCGAACACAAGAAGGCCAUCGAUAAGUACAACCAGAGCCUGAAACUGAAUCCAGCUGAGGUCACCACAUACACCAACAGGGCUCUGUGCUACCUGUCGCUGAAGCAGUACAGAGAUGCCGUCAGAGACUGCGACGAGGCGCUGAUGAUCGACAGCAGCAACCUGAAGGCGCUCUACAGGAGGGCGCAGGCUCACAAGGAGCUCAAGGACGCCAAAGCGUGCGUAGACGACCUCGACAAGCUGCUGAAAGUGGAACCAAAGAACACCGCCGCCCUGAAGCUGCUGCAGGAAGUGCAGAAGAAGAAGUGACGGGGGACUGCUCACGGGAGGGGGGAGGGGAGGAAGACGAGUCACUGAAGUUUUUUUGAAGACGAUUCCACCGCCGUGCGUCCAAGUUAUCCGCCUGUUUCCAAAACGCUCCGUCAUGAUCCGUCUUCGACCUCGGGAACGAACACGAGGCGUUCCCGAGAAGCUUCUGGAAAGAAAAAAAAAACUCCCGAUUGGCGAGAACGGAGGAAGGAGAGAAUGUUUGUGUUUCACCCGUUUUAGUAUUUAUUGGUAUUUAUAAACGCUGAAAUGACCACGAUUCAAACGGAGAAUAAGCGUUUACAAUCACCACGUCGGAGAGGGAUACCCGGAGGCUCGUGGCGCUCCGGCUGGACGCAAAACAAAAUCACGCAAGGAUUCCUGGUUAACCUCCGAGCCUCUAAUCACCGUCUGUAAAGACACGAGUCGUUAGACUCACAGAUUUUCAAAGUUCAAAUUGAAGAACGCUGCAGUCUUUGUAUCGUGCUUCGUCCCGCGGGGUGCAUGCGUCACUCGCCACUGUAAUGGCUUUUUAUCAAGCUCCGUCUGCGGAAGCAACAGCGCUAACUCGCGAGCUAGGCUAAUGCACACUGAUAACCUGCAGCGUCGUCGUUCGCUCUACCAUUACAUCGUUAUUUUUUUUAAUUAUCCAUACGAUCGUUUUAAAGCCUCCAUCUUUAAAAUCAAAUGAUUGGCGGUAGAAUAUUGAAACAUUCACGGUUCAGUGCGUGCUUGUAACGGUUAUGAAUUCAAAAAGAGCUUCCAUGCAAAGUAUUUAUUUCUGAAUUGGCUCCGGCUCUUACAAUCUCGAUCUGUAACAACUUGUUUUGGUUCUCGGUUUUGAGGUGCGGCAGGUUUUCAUCGAUUCCUCAGAUAAUUUGAUCGAUUGUUUGUGUGAAAACACAUCCGUCAUGAUAUCCUGAAAAUCAGACAGCCGAUGAUUUCUAAACUGUCGGUUCUGUCCGUCGACUUCUUGGUGAUUGUAAAUGUUUAUUCAGUUUGGAGACACUUCUUCCACACCAGGUGUUCCCUCAGGUAGAUCUGAGUGACGAGCAUGUUAAAGGAAGAGAAACUACCACGAGAGGUUAUUGAGUGUUCACAAAAUCUGGAAACUGUCGAGUUUAAUUAGUUUACACCUGCAAGAUGAGCGUCAUUUAGUCAGCAGUCCUCGUGUUUGUUUGAUCACCUGCUGUAGUAGGCGGAGCUCCGCCUGCCUGAAGUGCCUGUUUCCAUCGUCCAGCUGCAGCGUUAAACUCGGCUCUGCUCCGAAGACUUCACUCAGAAAAUAAUAAAAACUGCAUCUCCAGUUUCUGUCUCCGAGUCCCAUCGACACUCCAUCAUGUUCAAGAAGCUGCUUCUGUUUGAUCACGUCUGCUGUCUUUUGUUUUCCUGCUUCUGUUUGAAACUGCAAAUAAACUGAAAACAAACAUCGA